UCAUUAUGUUACUUACAAGGAAACUUAUCUGGAACUUGCCGUCAGCUAGCGUCAGCUCAUGGGUGCUGCACCUGUUGGGCGUCGAUCUCCCCGUUUUCGUUCAGGGACACGUAUAAAUUGGCCUCUUGUUUGACGCUGGUCUAGCCGCGCUACAGAACCUCAUCGCCAUGUCGUCAACACUUCAAAUCUCAGAAGCCAUCGACACCUUAAAUGCACAUUUCUCGGGGUGUUGCUCCAGCACAGCGAAGCCCCUCCUUCUCACUUAUCAUCCUUCAGCUCGAAUAUCCCAACGGGAGGGAUACAACGAAGCACUCAAGACAAAAGCUUCAGAACUUUCCCUGCUCCUCGCAUUCAGAGAAGCGAUGGACCAGCGAAUUGCUCAUAUUUGUGUUCAAAUGAACGACAUCCGCACCGCUUGUGCUGGAGCCUCCGCCCUUCCCGUGGAGAUACUUGAGCACAUAUUCACUAUCAUCGCCCCUCCUGGGAUGCCACAUCGAUCCCGAUUCGUCAUGCGCAUCGCUCAAGUUUCAAAGCGAUGGAGAACGAUCGCCCUGUCGCAUAAAGCUUUUUGGACCGAAUUUGACUUCGGUUCGCCUAUAGUGGGUGAAUCCGAGCUUUUGGGGAUGUUCAUUAAACGUGCCCGACCCCUGAAACUCUUGACGCUGGUCGCUCACAAUCCCGCCAGUCUUGAUGUUGCCCUUCGAUAUUCCGUGGUGUCAUCCUUACGGAAACUCCACCUUGCAUUCGAUGCCUCGCAUGUGUCUAAUGCCGUGAACCAUCUAUUAACCCACCCUUUCUUAGCUAGGCCUACCUCGCUGGGUCUGCACAUUCGAGGCAGCGACCAGCUUCUAGUUGAUAUCCCCAACCCAGGCCUCCACCCCAGCCUCGAGCAUAUCACUUUCACAAACUGCUGCGGAGGAUGGGAAAUGAUGACGGAUCAGCUUUGUGGCACCUUAGAAACACUGGCUUUUAUACAAUGCGAUCUGUCCCCUCACUUUUGCUUGUCGUUAGGUUAUGACCGGUUGAAGGACUUGCGGCUUGUGAGAGUGGCAAUGGCCGACAUUCCAUGGCUCAGUGAAGAUGAAGAUUUAAUAGUCGAGUUCAAUUGCCUCCAAAGCCUUGCGAUACAUUCGUGCUCGGAAACAUUCAUCGAUCGCUUCUUUCGGUUUACCGUUUUUCCUGCCUUACGCUCUUGCCGCCUCAUCUUCCCCUCCACCAGCCUCCACUUCCCAAGCGAUUCCUGCCACACUAGGAACAUCGCACGAUCUCUUAAGAGAAGCACUGAAUUAAACCACUUGUUCCUUGCAGGGACUAGCGCCUACAUCUUGCGCAUGCUUCGGCGCGUCUCCGACAUGUGGGAUGUCCGCCCUCUCAAUGCUGGACCAUGUGUGUCACGCAUCUUUCCCUUGGGAAAACUCACAGUCCUACACUAUCGAGAUCAUGCAGUUGAUGAACCCACUGUGCUCCCCCUUUUACCUGGCGCUCUGUCUUCCGCCGUCGGGCGGAUUGGUACCAGAAAGUUGUUCCACGGGUUUUGUUGCACCCUCCCUUGUCACAAUCUGUCUUUCACCGUUGGGAGGAGUGCCUCCAACACCCCGGAGACUGGUGGUUCUAGCUGCGGCUGCGGCAUCCCCCCCUGUUGGGAAGUUCCGUGGCUAAGCAUCCAUCUCCAGAUAACCCUCAUUACUCCCUUGCCCCCAAAAGGCACUCGAUAUGUUCUUUUUGUUUUGCGUCUUCGAUCAUUGCCUUUCUGUUUUCGAUACCAUUCCUAACGGUGGUUACCCCGUUUCAGGCACUGUGUGCUUACACUCCGUGUCGUUGAGUAAACUUAAAAUUAUAAAUUCGUUGAACAUCAUCGCCCGGUGCGACUUCACAUUCAGCGUCC